CCCGCACCCCGGCCCGCGCACUCAGGUGGGUGGGCCGGAACCAUGAGCUCCUACCUGGAGUACGUGUCGGGCGCCGGCGGCGGGGGCGGCGGCGACGUGCUGAGCUUGGCGCCCAAGUUCUGCCGCGCCGACGCCCUGCCCGUGGCCCUGCAGCCCGCCUUCCCCCUGGGCAGCGGCGACAGCGCCUUCGUCAGCUGCCUGCCUCUGGCUGCGGCGCGCCCCGCGCCUUCGCCCCCUGCCACCCCCGCGCCGCCGCCCGCGCCGCCCUCGGCCGCGCCCCCGUACGCGCCGUGCAGCCUGGAGGGGGCCUACGAGCAGGGCGCCGCACCUGCCGCGGCGCGGGGCGCGGAUUACAGCUUCCUGGGGCCGGGGCCCGCCUACGACUUCCCGGGCGCGCUGGGGCGGCCCGCCGACGACGGCGGGGCGCACGUCCACUACGCCACCUCGGCCGUCUUCUCGGGUGGCGGCUCCUUCCUCCUCAGCGCUCAGGUGGAUUACGCGGCCUUCGGCGAGCCCGGCCCCUUCCCGGCGUGUCUCAAAGAGCCAGGCGACGGCCACUCUGGGGCCUUCCAGACCGCGUCCCCGGCCCCUGGCGCCUACCCCAAGUGCGCCUCCCCGGCCUCCGGCCUCCCUGCCGCCUUCAGCACGUUCGAGUGGAUGAAAGUGAAGAGGAACGCCCCUAGAAAAAGCAAACUCGCCGAGUAUGGAGCCGCCAGCCCCUCCAGCGCGAUCCGCACCAAUUUCAGCACCAAGCAACUAACAGAACUGGAGAAGGAGUUUCAUUUCAAUAAGUACUUAACUCGAGCCCGACGCAUCGAGAUAGCCAACUCCUUGCAGCUGAAUGACACCCAAGUCAAAAUCUGGUUCCAAAACCGCAGGAUGAAACAGAAGAAAAGGGAACGAGAAGGGCUUCUGCCCUCAGCCACCCCUGUGGCUUCCCUCCAACUUCCCCUCUCAGGAAGGAGUCCCACCAAGUCUGGCAAGAACCCAGGGAGCCCUUCUCAGGCCCAAGAGCCUUCAUGAGGUUUAGUCUUUGGGCUGAGGAACCUUGGUCUGCAGAAGUCAUGGGUCACUCCAUCCCUAUCUAGACUUAGUUUGGGAUGGAGGUGGGUGUGGGCAGAGAUUAAUCGAGACGUUUCACUUGAGAGAGAAGUAUCUUAGUCGGCUUCUGAGUGCCAGGCUGUGAGUGUACAGAUAUUAAUUUGAGGUCUCUUAAGCCACGUGUUUGUGUAUUAGUUGUGCCUUAGGGAAAAGGCACCCAGCCCAGCUGCUAUGUUGCGUAACUUAGUCAUAUGCAAUUUUGGGUGCAGAGUGGCAGAGCAUUAAUUGCUGAGCUCUGCCAACCACCUGAUGUGCUCAGAAGAGCAUCUGCCCGAAGUUUUUCUGGUUUUAAUUUAAAGGA